CUCCUCCUGCUGCUCCUGGUUCCUCCCCCGCUCCUCCUCAGACAGGCGUAACAUGACAAAUGCAGCCCAGUCUACCCCUGGAUGUGAAUUGCCAGCGUUUUUCCUCCAUUGUGCCCAAGGAAUGCUGAACUACAAGGAUGAACUGUUUCAAAUCGUUAAGUCCAACUGCAGUGAAUGCCACCGUGCUGUAUGACUUUCAUGAUGACGAUCACCAUUUCUGGUGUAGGAGCAACCUGACGGUCCCACUCCCUCCGUGUGUCUCCUCCUCCUUCUCUUCCCCACCUCCUAACUCCAACUGCCUGGUCUGUCAUGGCAAGAAGAUGGUCUUCGCUAUUUGCCGUAACCUGACAAAGGGUGUGAAAUUGACAAUGGAGGCUGGAAGUGACUGGGUCAACCUCACGGCUACCAACUGCCCCGAACCUCCCUCUGAUGGUAGUGAUGAUGGUGCUUCAGAGUCACAGCUUCCUGCCAUCAUCAUCCCCAUCCUCCUCCUCCUCCUCCUCCUCCUCAUCGGGGUGCUUCUCUACAUAUUUCGGAAAGAGCUGCUGAAAUCCUUCAGAGCCAAACAGGGUAGUUGUAGUCAGAGGCCGGAAACUGAGAAGAGUGAACAAUCAGUCGCCCUCAAGAACGGGACACCCUGAAGGGGAUCUGCUGACAUCAUGUUUUCGACUUCAAACAUGAAUUUUUAAAUUGAAGAAACGGAAUCAUGACUUUAUUAGUUUUAUUGACAGUACAAAAUGGAGUGGUUGCUGGUGCUAAGAAAGAUAUUAAUAAAAACAGCAGUGAAGUGUGAGUGUGUGAUAUUUUACAGACCCACUGUAUCUGAUGAUAUCUUAAUACCUUUAUCUUUGAUAAACAGCUACAGCUUUUUUACUGUUUUAUACCUUUAAUGUUAAAAAAUCUGGAGGAAAUUUGGUGUCAGCAGUUACUCACAGGCCAUGACUGACCAUGUUUGCCAGUUUCACCAGCCUGUUCACUCCGCUGAGCUUCUUCUGCAUCCUCCUGCCUGUUCCUGUGAUCAUCGGGGAGCUUUCUCAUGAGCUUGAGGUAUAUGGUACAGCAUUUUGGCACCAUUCCCACAGCCCUGUAAUCACAUCACCAAGAUUAGUUUUGGUAAAUAUAGAGGCAGCAUGUUAAAACAUCUAACUGGGUUAUUAUAGUGAGGUUUUGUUUUCUUACAGUUUUAGAUCUAAAAGGUCAAAGGUUCACUGUUCACUGUUGGAAAAACAUCAUAACUCAGGAACAGAAGGGUGAGAUGGUGACACUUGUCUCUUAAUCUGCAACUUGAUUGGGAUGGAGGAGGCACACAACCACAAGGCAGUAGCUCUAGGCAUGAAUCAUUGUAUAAAGUGGGUGUGGAGAGUCUUUAUCUCUUUCACAUUCUAACACAUUGUGAGUCAUCAUCUCAAAUACUUCUACCAUCAGGUGACAAAGAUUACAUUGUAAACCAUACAAAGAGAGGGCCGCUGUUUAUUUGAACGGCUGAACAGGUUAGAAAGUGAGGCUUUUGAUGUGAACUUGAAAAACUAUAGGAGACCUGUAGUGAUCGAAGCUUGUCUUGAGGCACUUCAGCUGUGUUACAAUUUGUCCUUUUUCCCAUGGUUAGUAAGUAUAGGCCUAUUCAAUCAGCCUGAAAAUAGAGAAAACGUUAGCACUAGCUAACUAGCUAGCUAGCUACCAUCACUAGCUAGUCAAGAAAAUCCAUGCAGACUUAUACAAAACUGUAUAGGAAAAUUACGUGUAGGCUUGUCCAUGACUAAAUAUCUUAAUAAAAGGGUCAAAUGCUUACUUUUUUUCUUCUUAUUCUUGAAAUUGUUCCAAAAGAGAGAGCAGUGGGAGACAACCAUCUUAUAUACUUUGUUAAUACUUUAUUAAAUCCCCCUGAGGGGAAAUUCAAUUUUUUCACUCUGUCAUUAACACACAGGUCCGAAAUACACACACAUGCACAAACAGGACCUAUACAUGCACAAAGUGGAGAGAUGUCAGAGUGAGGGGGCUGCCUUUGCCUUUGGGGGGUUUGGUGCCUUGCUCAAGGGCACCCCGGCAGUGCCCAGGAGGUGAACUGGCACCUCUCCAGCCACUAGUCCACGCUCCGCAUUUGGCCUGGAUGGGGACUUGAACCGGCAACCCUCCGGUUCCCAACCC